AUGACCCUCGAUGCAACGUUGCAAGAGAUCGAACAGCUUUGUAGUGAGCCGCACUACGACAGCUUCGAGAAUGUGAAUCGCCCUGUGUACGACCGUAUAAUGGACGUGUAUCAACAACUUCGAGACAGCUCAGGCCCAGUGUCUAUGGAUUUAUUAGAGAGCUUUAGUCUCAUCGUGUUGCGAUUCUUUGACAUGCUUGACCGACGCGCUUUAGGCGGCACAGUGAAUUACAGUUUCCAUCACGACAUUGGCACGUUGUUGAGAACUUCUUUACUGCAGACAGCACCUGUUCACAACUGGCAAGAAACGUGGAAAGAGACUCGACGUCGUCAGAAUAACACGUUAAAGUCAUAUUUAGAGGAACCCGAGCUUUUCCUAGCGCGAAUAUCAACCGAGAAGGAUCGAUCCGAAGCGGUAGCGAUGAUGCAAUUUGCUGCGACUGGACUGGCGGGUGUUGAGGACACUGAAGAUCUUCCGUUGUGGUUCAUUCCUCCGUAUCAAGUGCAGCUAGGCAAACACAAGGCGGAUGGCUCUUUCGGAGCAGUUUACGAAGGCGAAUGGCUCGAUACGGAUGUGUUACAGACUUGUGGUUCUCGUUGA